GGAAAUUGGAGUGACAAUAAUGUACUAUUCCAAUGGUUUCAAUAAGACAAAAUAUACAGCUGCUUUCAUUAUUAUUAUAGUAUCACUGAUACUUCUGAGUCAGACUUGGUUACAAUAUAGUCCACGCAGGUGGAACGAAGAUCUGAGAAUGCAAAAGAUCGCAAAAGUUCACAAAAUGCGACUUCAACAUAUCCAUAAAAUGUGUCAGGAGCAUGAUGUUCGAAAGGUAGGGGCUGGAGUUCAGAAUAAUAUUUUCAAUGUUGAACUUUCUGAGGGAAAGCAUGUGAUAUUUUGCCCCAUAGCUAAAGUUGGUACAACAUUCUUCGGAAGACUAUUCGGAAUACUUCAAAUGAAUCAACCAAUCGAUGACAUGUAUAACAUGUCAGUGUUUGCCGGGUCAAGAUACCAUAAAUAUCAAACGUUUAACGAAAUUGAAGAAAAUGUACGACGAGAGACCCCAAAAAUGAUUUUUGUACGCCAUCCGGAAUCGAGGAUUGUUUCUGCAUAUUUGGAUAAGAUUUAUGGAAUCGGGGCAUUUAGACAACGCAUCCCAGCAUAUCUGAAAUCUGUGAGACCAAAUAAUACUGAAAAAUCCUUCAUUUGUGGCAGUGAUGUAAGCUUUGAUUUAUUUUUAGAAAUUGUCCUUAAAGAUACAAGAAAUGGUCAUGGCAACAGACAUUGGAUGCCGGCAUAUAGCCGUUGCUUUGCAUGUUCUAUAGAUUAUGACAUCAUUGGUAAAAUGGAAACAUUCAAUGACGAUCUUCAGUAUGCCAUGCAUUUGGCUGGCUAUAAAGACUUCCCUGAAGUAACCACUACAAACACAGCAAAAUUAGAAAGCAUAAAAAGAGAAAUCGAGAAACUUUUUAGAGCACAUAAAAAUGCUAAGUUUCCCUCACCAGAAUGCAGUUUCACGAUGGGCGAAGGUUAUGACAGGGUUUGGAGCAUUCUAAAAAUUCAUGGCCUAUUAAAUAAAAACACCAUCAUACCACCAUCAAAAACAAUUUUAGGAUAUAUAGAUAAUACCACAGUUGCUGAAGUUUCAAAAUUAGUUAAAAAUGAUCCAAUAUUUGUAAGACAAUACCAGAAGGCCGAAAAAGACAUGCAGGAUUAUGUUUUAAGGAUGCACAAAACCCAGGACCCCAAUGGGGAAAAAUAUAAUGCCAUUGAAUAUCUUUUCAGGAAUAUUUCAGAAGAAACAAAGGCCCGCCUUAAAGAGGCAUAUAAGUAUGACUACCUUUUAUUUGGAUAUGAGUAAAGGUUUCUUUAAUUCAAGGACUCAUUUAACUUUAAUUGAUAACAGUAAAUUACUGGGUGAUCCAAAAGUAACGUCAAAGAUGUCAUUUCAAUGCUACUCGAUCAAUCUUCUAGAAAGUUAGUACAGAUAUCCCUUUUCCCCAAUUAUUGACUUAGUACCUCAGAAAUAAAGCUCCUACUACUUGAUUGGUAGAUUUUAUGAUUACUAUGGUAACCCAUUGUGAUGUCAACUGGGGCUUUAAUUUUGCAUUUGACUUGGAGCAAAUGAAUAUCAAUAAUAUUUCAAUGUAUUUUUUAUUUCAUUCAUGUUAGUAACAUUUAUGAUGUCACACAGACUAUAUUAGUCAUUUAUUUUGCUUUCUGAGAAAGUGUUCAACCAAGUAUACCCCACACUGAACACCUCCUUGUCAAUGUGGUAUAUAAACAAGAUUGUCUGAGUGAAAUCCACACAUUGAAAUACUCAAAAUUUUUUAGUCCGGUUUUAUUUCCUACAAUGCUAGUAAAGGCCUUUAAGGGCAUUUAAAAAUGCAAGUAUAAAAACAUGUCUUUGUUUGUGGGGCUCAGGUAUCAGCCAUGUAGUAAACAUACAUAAUUUUGAACAAUAAAAAAGAAUUCAGAAUUUUUCUAAAGCAAAGUAACUUACCUGUAAGCUGCCAAUGGUGGACUGGGCCACUCGUAAAGCCUGCUUACUUUCGUAAUCUUCCUCUUUAGCACCCUCUGUGGCUGCGGAUGUAGCUUUAAGGAUGAUCUCAUCACGUGUGGAUGUAGCAGGAAGUCGCAGUCUCAAUUCAGUGAUUACUUUGUCGCGAGAUAUGAUGUUACUAUCUAGUUCUCUCACCUUUGCUUCGAGACUGAGAACUUGCUAAAAAAGAGUUUGUAAAUAAAGAUCGUGAAUGCAAUGCUGGGGGUAACGCUGUGGCUACAAUAUAUGUGAUAGGUACAAAUAGCUAAUAGGUACAUUUUUACUAUCUUCAGUUUAUCUGUUACUCAAUGACAUUCAAUGGCUAUCUGACUGGCCUAUG